GAAGUGGGAGGGGUGCUGUCCAGUGGUGUGGUACAGAGAGCCAGAGAAUUAGUUUUCUGCAGCUGUUUUGAAGAGAGAGAGGGAACGGAGAAAGCGGGUGAGGGAGGAGAGAGGGGAAAAAGACAGCCAACUCAUCUGACACGGACAGUGGGCCAAAGAAAGGGAAGAAGAGGAAGCAAAAGCACGGUAAAAGGAGUGGAAGAGAGAGGAGAGAACUACAGAGAAAACUGAGCAGGCUAAGGGGAGAGACAGAAGGGGAGAGAGAGAGGAGGGUGGAGAGAGAAGGGGAGAGAGAGAAGGGGAGYGAGAGAGGAGGGUGGAGAGAAACUUAACCCAGAAAAGAAGAGCAAGUUAAAACAGUGAGGCCACCAGCAGCAGUGAACGAGUGAGAGUGGACAGGAUGUCGACUCUCCCUCCUGAGCGUUGCCACUGAAGAUGCCACCAACAGAGCUUCUGGAUGCCUGGGAACUACCAGCACACGGUGAAGCGCACGGAGGAUGCCUUCCAGGCAUGUAAUGACAUCGUGGUGUGCUUCCAGGAGAGAGCCCGUGUGGAGAGGCAGUACGCUCAGCAGCUCAGCGAGUGGAGCAACAAGUGGAAGCCCCUGGUGGACUCCAGCCCGCUAUAUGGAUCCCUCCUGCAGGCGUGGCAGUGUUUCCUCUCCUCRGCCGACCGUCUCGCCGCCCUGCACUCGUCUGUGUGUCGCUCCCUGGUUUCGGAGGACGGGGACCGGGUCAGGACCUGGCAGAAAGAGACCUUCCAUAAGAAGCUCUUUGGAGGCUUCAAGGAGUCCCAGGACUUUGGGACUGGCUURGCACGUGCUCAGAAGCCCUGGGCCAAACGWCUGAAGAAGCUGGACAAAGCCAGGAGUGCGUUCCAUAAAGUGCAGCGUAAGGAGCAGACUGCCAGGGACCGGGAGGUCCACGCCAAGGGCAACCCUGACGUGGCCAUCGAGAAACAGAGGAAGAUUCAGGAGGAAAGAGAGCUGGCUCAGCAGGAGACGGAGAAAGUGCGAGCCCGCUAUGAGAAGGUUCUGGAGGAGGUGACCCGCUAUGCCCCUCGCUACAUGGAGGAGAUGGAGUGUAUUUUUGACCAAUCACAGGAGGAGGAGAGGAAGAGGAUCAGCUUCCUCAAACAGGCCUUCCUGUCCGUCCACAGACACCUGGAUGUCACCAACAACGAGAGUGUGAAGGCUGUGUAUAAUGAGCUCCACAACACUCUCAUGGCCAUCAAUGAGCAGACUGACCUGCGCUGGUGGAAGAACACCCACGGACCGGGCAUGCCCACCGACUGGCCUCAGUUCGAGGAGUGGACGCCAGAAAAGAAAAGCAAAAAAGYGAAGAAAGAGAAAGAGGUAGAGUCACAGCAAGGCACCAUAGAGAGGAGUGUAAUGAUCGGAGGAGUAAAGGUCAGGGCUCUCUAUGACUACGACGGACAGGAGACAGAUGAGCUCUCCUUUAAAGCAGGUGAGGAGUUUCUGAAGACUGAGGAUGAGGAUGACCAGGGCUGGUGUAGAGGGAUGAAGGAUGGAGGGAGAGAGGGACUCUACCCAGCCAACUAUGUAGAGACGGUGUAGUUACACCACAAUGUUUGUAAAAAUAAAUAGAUAGAAGGAAAAUGAAAGUGACUCAUUUUGAUAAGAAACAUUGUGUCUAAAAUGAUCCUCAGCUGA